CUCUAGCAAUAAAAUAGCUAAGUUGGCAACAGUGUGGAACAGCCGGCGUAAACAACGCGUUUUGGAAAAUUGUUGCGGAUACAAAAAAAUAAGUUAAAAUGAAGGAAAGAGACUUGAAGCGUGCUUAUAACAAUGUUUUGGCUCAAGCUAUAUCAACAUCGCAAAAUUUCCUGUUUGCUGGUAAUCGUUUUGGCGACAUUUUCAUACUCAGCCUUAAGGAACUAGAAAAGAGCACGGAGGAACCGCCGAGCAAACUACAAGUGUGUUCACAGGGCAGCGAUUUGGACAUAAAUUGCCUUGCGUUCCAUCGCGACUUUUUAAUAGUUGGCGCAGUUGGACUCAUCUAUGGUCUGAAGUGGGACGAGGAGGAGGAAACUUUGAGCACAAAGCGUGCCUGGGAGAUCAAAAUACCCAUGCAAGUUGAUGCUGUCGAAGUACCAGAUGUCAAUUGUCUUUGGCUGUGCUCCGAAACGGAUGCAUUGUACGCCGGCUGUGGCGAUGGUAUAAUCUAUAAAAUUAACCUGGAAGGUGGACGCGUAGAGCGGGAUUAUCGUGGACACACGGACUAUGUGCACUGCGUGGUCGGACAUGCAGAUGGACGCAUUUAUUCUGGCUCAGAAGACGGCACUGUGCGCUCUUGGAGUGACAGACAAAAGAUAGAAACUUCGAUAUCCGAGCCAUACAAGGAUCCCAAGCUCUUGCGUCCGGAUUGGGGCAAAUGGAUUGGUGCUGUAGCCGUCAACGAUGAUUGGCUGAUCUGUGGCGGCGGUCCACGUCCGGCCAUUUUUCAUUUGGGUUCCAUGCAAUGCACCCGCGCAUUUGAUUUUCCGGGACGCGUGCAUCUCUGCGACUUUGUGGACGACUCUGUGAUUAUUGGCGGCGAACACAACCACGUGCAGUUCUACACGCUCAACGGCAAGCUAGAGGCAAACAUUCCCGUAGAGCACACAGCCAGCUAUUCGUCGAUCUGGCAAAUGAAUCCAUUCAAGUUCAUGUCGAUCGCCGGAUUUAGCAACAAGUUGCACAUACUAAAGGAUUUCCGUUUCCUAGACAGCAAAAUCGAAUUGUACGGCAAUGUGUUGGGUGAUGAUGUAGAUACUGAAGAUGGUGAACAGCAGGACGAGGAUGCUUCAUUUUAACUAUAGCUUUCUUACAAAUAUAUCUAUCUAUGUAAA